AUGUACCUUCGGGAUGUGGCGGCGGCAAUCGGCACAAGCGGCUAUGAGGCCGGGGACCCGGAAGCUGUGGACUAUGACCCCAGGGCAAUGAAGGCGGUCUGGUCACUGUUCGUCUUCGCCACCGUUUUCAUCCUCCUCCGACUGUACAGCAAGGCCCGGAGGAACAACGCGCUGUGGUGGGACGACUAUGUCUUGUUGGCGUCUUGGAUUUUCUUCCUUGUUGCUUGUGCGCAGCUCAGCAUCAACGUCAGGAAUGGCUUCGGCAGAUCCGGCAGCACCCUAGACCCGGACAGCUUAGACCGGGUAGGGCUCGACGGCCUCGUGGUCGGGACGGGGCUUCUGUUGGCAACUCCAGGCAGCAAAACGUCCUUUGUCAUCACGCUGGGCAGGAUCUCGGGUCCCAAGCUCACCGCCGCGCUCUGGUGCGCCACCGUCUCGAUGAACGCCUUCCACGCCGCGAACCUCGUCGUGCAGUGGGCCCAGUGCACUCCCCUUGAGAAAUCGUGGGACCUCGUUGUCGAGGGCAGCUGCUUGCCAAUCGGGGUCAACCUGGGGUUGUCUAUGGGCAGCGCUGCCAGAGCCGCCGCGACGGCGUUUGCCAAAGUGCCGAAGCUGCAGGUCCUCGCAAGCACCGACUUCACAUUGGACGGCGUCGACCUCGUCAUCCUGGCCUCGACCGAGAUAGCCCAGACCAUGGUGGCGGCAUCGGUGCCCAUGCUGCGGACGCUGGUGUGCGACAUCACCGCCAGCCACGCGAAGCGGCAGACAGAAAAGUCGAGCUUCCGCGCGCGCGUCUUGGACACACUUCGACGGGUAAGGGGCAGCAGAAGCUCCAGAAACGGCAUUGCCGCAGCCAUCGAGACUGUCACGGCAUUCUACGGCCGGCAUGCCCAGCCCAACCCAGUCGAGCUGCACCUCUCACUGCAGCAUGAUCCUGCGCCCAGCCACAAGCCGGUGUCGUACGGCCCCCAAAGCAGGCGCGGCUCUGGCGAUAUUGUGGUCGAGAUGCGUGAGUUUGGUGCCAGUGACGGAGAUCGGCGGGACGACAGCAGCAGCGAAACGGCAAGUCGCCAGGCCUGCUCUUGA